UUUUUAAUUCAUUUAAAAAAUUUAUUUUUCCAAAAGGUUUGUCAUUCUGAAGCCCCUUGCAUUAUGGCAGAUUUUGGUGUGAAAUGUUGAUUUGGUCGUUGAUUGCUCCAGGAGUGUGCCACGAUGGGCGGAGGGAUCCCCAUCUGCCGGCAGGCGCAGACCAAGCUGGAGGUGUCGCUCUACAUGUUCUUGUGGAGUCCGGACACAGAGGCGGUGCUGGUGGCCAUGUCGUGUUUCCGCCACCUCUGUGAGGAGGCUGACAUCCGCAGCGCCGCCGACGAGGUGCCCGUCCAGAACAUCCUGCCCAACUACCCCACCUUCAGUGAGCUGGCCUCCGUCAGCAACAUGAUGGGGACAGGCCGGUCCACCUUACAGAAGAGAGUGAUGGCCCUGCUGCGGAGGGUAGAGCACCCCACACCAGGAAACAUUGAGGCCUGGGAGGACACAUAUGCUAAAUGGGACCAGGUCACCAAACAGAUUCUCAACUCCCCCAAAAACAAGGCAGAUGAUGGGCAGGUAAGCAUGUUACACCAGGGAUCUCUCCUCUCCUCCAUCUCCUCUGUCUACAGGAACAAUUUUGACGUCUGCCUGGCUCCAGACUUUUCCACUAGUAGCACGAGUGCUUGUUUUUUUUUACGCUUAUGUUUUUAUUGAGUUUUCACAACAAUAAUAACAGAAA